AUGGUUAUAACUGGACAUUGGAUUGACACCCAGUGGAGAUUACAAAAACGGGUCCUCAACUCUGUGCAUGUUCCCCCUCCACGUCUGGGCAUUGCCAUUGCAGAUGCUAUUUACAAAUGCAUGUUGGAUUGGGGCAUUGAGACCAAAAUUUAUACAGUGUCAGUUGAUAACGCGUCAAAUAAUGACAUCGCACUACGAUGUUUGAAGGACACAUUCUCGAGAAACAAGUGCUUGUUGGCCAAAGAAAAGUUAUUCCAUGUGAGAUAUUGUGCUCACAUACUUAACCUAAUGGUUCAAGAUGGCCUUAGUGAAAUUCAAGAAAUAAUUCAUGACAUAAGGGCAAGUGUAGAGUUUGUAAACAAAAUUGAAGGGCGGCGAUUGAUCUUUGGUGAAAUUGUACAUCAGCUACGAUUGCCUGAAAGAGUGCUGAUUUAUGACUGCAAAACAAGGUGGAAUUCGACCUAUGAGAUGCUAGCUUGCGCUCUCAAGUUCAAUGAGGUGUUCCCGAGAUUCAAAGACAGAGAGCCAAGCUAUACUUUUUGUCCUUCCACAGAAGAUUGGGAAAAGGUAAAAAAUAUGUGCAGUAUUUUAGGAGUUUUUUGGAAUGCGACUCAUAUAAUAUCUGGGAGUGAUUAUCCGACAGCUAAUUUAUAUUUAAAUGAAGUUUGUCGGAUAAAAACGCUUCUAGAUAGCAGAGCAAACGAUGAAGACAGCUUUAUUCAAGCAAUGGUCUGGAAGAUAAAGAUGAAGAUGAAAUUUGACAAGUAUUGGGGUGAGUGUAACCUGAUGAUGUCUAUAGCAGCCAUCUUGGAUCCCAGGCUCAAGAUACGAGUUAUCAACUACUGUUUUCCAUUGAUAUAUCCUCUGCAUGAAGUGCAAGCGAAUAUAAACAAAGUUCGACAAGCAUUGUAUGAUCUAUAUGCCGAGUAUGUGGAGGUGCAUGUUUCAAGUUCAAGAGAUUCUGGACAAGCUGUCAAAUAG